AUGCUGAACGACCCGGCGGCGCUGUCAUGGGCGGGGGCGUGGGGCAUGAACGUGGUGUCGUCGGUGGGAAUCAUUCUCGUCAACAAGGCCCUCAUGACCUCCUACGGCUUCGCCUUCGCCACGUCCCUCACCGCGCUCCACUUCAUCACCACCGCCGCCGUCGGCAACGCCGCGACCGCCGCCGGCGCGCUCGCGCCGAGCAAGCACGUGCCGGCGCGCACGCUGCUGUGGUUCGCGUUCGUGGCGAGCCUGGCCGUCGUGAGCAUGAACGUGUCCCUCAUGGUGAACUCCGUGGGUUUCUACCAGAUCACCAAGCUCUCCAUCAUCCCCGCCUGCUGCCUCUUCGAGGCGCUGCUGCACCGCAAGACGUUCUCGCCCGCCGUGAAAGCCGCCGUGGUGGGCGUGAUGGUCGGCGUGGGCAUCUGCACGGUCACUGACGUCACCGUGAACACCGCCGGGCUGCUCGCCGCGAUCGUGGCGGUGCUCUCCACCACCUUCCAGCAGAUCUUCAUCGGGUCGCUACAGAAGCAGUACAGCGUGGGAUCGUUCGACCUGCUCAGCAAGACCGCGCCGUACCAAGCCGUGCUGCUCGUCAUCUCCGGCCCCACAGUGGAUUACCUCCUCACGCGCCGCAGCCUGCUGGCCUUCCGCCCGACCCCCGUGUCCGUGGCGUUCAUCCUGCUGUCCUGCGUGCUCGCGCUCUUCGUCAACCUCUCCAUGUACCUGUGCAUCGGGAAGUUCUCAGCGGUGUCGUUCCAGGUGCUGGGGCACAUGAAGACGCUGUUCGUGCUCGUGCUGGGCUCCGCGCUCUUCCACUCGCCACUCACCGCAAAGAACCUCAUGGGCAUGGCCGUCGCCGUGCUCGGCAUGCUCGCGUACAGCUGGGCUGUCGAGCGGGAAAAGGCCGCCGCUGCUGCUGCGGCUGCUGUGCUGCCAGUGACGAAGCAGCAGCAGAAGGCGGAGGAGCAGGCGUUGCUAGGAUGCAGCUCCUGCUGCAUCCGCAGCUUCCACAUCCUCCCCCUCUCCCAUCUUUCGUCCCCUCUCACUCUCACCCCCCUCUCCCUUCCUCCGCCCCCUCUUUACCGCCCCCUCUCCUCCUUCUCGUCCUCUUCUCCCCCCUCCUUGGUAUCGUCAAUUGAGCCCAUACACGCCUUCCUCUCACCAAUGCCUUUCUCACCUGCUCCCUCUUCUCACCCCUCUCUUACCCCUGCGCCCUUUCCCCCUCGGCCCGUCCCUCUGCCCCCACCCCACCCCAGCCCUGCCUGCAGGGCAGAUGCUGCUGGAGCUGGACCCCUUCCUGAACCAGCUCACCAGGCUGUGCCGUUGCGCCACAACGGUGCUGCCACUGGCUGGCAGAUGCUGCUGGAGCCGGAUCCCUUUCUGAACGAGCUCACCAAGCUGUACGAGCGCCACAAGGGCGCCGGCACCGUGUGGGUCACUCUCAAGCGCUCCAACCUGCGCAAAAAGCCAAAGGGAGGUGAGAAGGCAGGCGGGGAUGACGCGGAGGAGGAUGAGAGCAGCGCUGCGGAGUACCGGUGUGUGGUGAGGGCCACCGACGGCAAAAGGAAGAUCAGCACCCUGCUGGGACCUCGGGAGCAUGCCAAGUUUCAGGCGGCGUAUGCGCUUGUUCUCAAGGCGCAUAUGGACUCCCUCAAGCGCAAGGAGAAACGGGAGAGGAAGAAGAUGAAGUCAUCUGCGCCCGCCUCUUGA